GGGGGCGACAGAGUAAAGCACAAGGAGCUGCUCGGAAAAAGUUGGUCACAAUUCAUAUUCAAUGAGAGGGCCGAGCGGACGGAGAGCAGGCACAGUCCCACGAAACCGGCCAAAAUGUGACAUGUGGAGGCAACGGCCCGUGUCGCCUCGGAGUUUACAAAGGACUGAAACGUCCAGCUCUGCUGAGGCCUCUUUCUCCUGUGGACUGUAUGGAACACAGCAACCAUGCAAGUCUGUGAUUAUUAUCUAUGCCUCACCGUCUACAUCGUCACCUUCAUCACCGGCUUCCCGGCCAACGUCUUGGCCUUCUGCACACUCAGCCGCAAGGUCUGGAGAAAGCCGGCACCCAUCGACAUCCUCCUCCUUAACCUGAUCAUCUCAGACUUGCUCUUCCUCAUCUUCCUCCCCUUUAAGAUGCAAGAAGUGGCCAAUAAUAUGGUGUGGAAUAUGCCCUACUUUCUAUGUCCGCUGUCUGGUUUUGUCUUCUACAUGACCAUCUACAACAGCACCUUCUUCUUGACCGCGGUGAGCGUGGAGCGCUAUCUCGGCGUGGCGUUUCCAAUCCAGCACUCCCUGUGGAGAAGACCCAUCUACGCCGUGUUCGCCAGCAUCUUCAUUUGGGUGCUUUCCAUCCUUCAUCUGAGCAUCGUCUACAUCGUGCCCUACUACAACCCAUCCGGGACGGUCCCGCCAUCCAGGAACGUCUGCUACGAGGGGUUCACCGACGCUCAACUCGAGAUCCUCUUGCCCGUACGCUUGGAGUUAUGCAUUGUCCUCUUCUGCGUUCCCUUACUUAUUUGCAGCUUCUGCUAUAUAAACUUCAUCCGCAUCCUUUCGAAGCUGCCAAACAUCGGCCGGCGGAGAAGGCUGAGGGCGAUUGGAUUGGCUUUGGGGACAUUGUUGGUGUUUAUGCUCUGUUUUGGACCCUACAACGUCUCCCAUGUGGUCGGCUUCAUAACCAAGUUAAGUCCUGCUUGGAGAGACAAAGCUCUUCUUCUCAGCACAUUCAAUGCUUGUUUGGACCCGAUUAUUUUUUACUUCACCUCUGCAGCGGUUAGAAACACACUUGGGGCGAUGAUGAGGGGCAUUUGGGGUAGACGUUGGUGCCCACAAAUAUUAUGGCGCUCCAGGAAGGAGCCUCCUGAAACUGAGAAAAACAGUCUCCCGAAGCCACAGGAGAUAACAAAUGCACUUUGACCAGGGGUUUUUCAUUUAGGCCAGGGAACGGCCGUGCAAUUAUUUUUUGUACACAAAUUCAGCAUGGUAAACAUUACUCCACUUCCUCGUAAGACGGAGGCAACAAGGAGUGCCAAAACAACACAGCUCACGUGUAGUAAGAAAACACUGUAAGCAAACCUGUGUACAUAGAGUGUCGGCAAACAGAGGAUAAACUUCCUUUUGUAUAGUGUGUUUAUUCAUCCAUAGUGUGAGCUCAUCUUUAUAACAAACUUGUCAUCAUUCACGUUAUUGAAUAUAAACAGACAGCAGUACGAGGACAUUGAUCAUCAGGAUAAACGAGCCACAGCCGUCGGCCGUAUGAAGGUCAACAGAAGCGCCGCUCUCAAGCACGUCACGUAAAUAUUUGAAAGGUUUUCACUUCUAAAGGCCGAUGCUUAUCUGGAAACUGACAGUGUGGUUUUCUGAUGGUUUGUCUACGUGUUUGAUGGAGGGUGCAUGCUAGACACUUCUUCAUUUAAAGUAUCCAGGAAAUGGCAAAACUUGCACCACAGAAAUUAAUGGUGAAAGAAAUGAAGAAAAUGAGCCCUGUAUAGUAAUUCCUGAUUGGUUUAAAGAUGAAGCGUGCUGUUAUUUUGAUGUUAAAAUCCUUGCUUUCAUGUUGAAUGAAUGAAUGAAUGAUACAUUUAUAUAGUGCUUUAUUGUGUAUUGCUAAAUGUUAAAAUAAGUAAGCCAAUAUAUAAAUUGAAUUCCCUGAAGUGUUAAGACCCAUGUGACCUAAAUAAAUAAAUAGAAAUUAUGUCUUUAAAUAUAUUUCAAAACAGAAACAUAAAUAUAUAUUUAUUUAUUUUUUU